GCCCCGCCUCCUCCUCUCGCUCCGACGUCACGUGGUGCGGGCGGGCCACGCCCCCUCCCGCCGGUGGGUCAUGUGACAGCGGCGGCGCCAAGAUGGCGGCGUCCUGCGAGGAAUUACAGUAGCAUGGAAGGGAAUUCUUCCUAAUGGACAACUGAGCACAUCAGGACUCCUGAGAGAGAUUCUGAAAGCUGGAAUCAUGCUGAACAAGCCGGUGCUGGUGGAGUCCCUGGUGGUGUUUGCCAUCGUGCUCUCGGUGCACGGGGUGGUGUGGGACCGGUUCUCCUGGUGCGCCCUGGCCUUGGCCCUCCAGGCCUUCUACGUCCAGUUCAAGUGGGACCGGCUGCUCCAAGGGGGGGGAGCCGUGUUCCAGUUCCGGGGGGUGGCCAACAGCGGCCUCCUGCCCGCCAGCAUGGUCAUCCCCCUGCUGGGAAUCGUCAUGAAGGAGCGGUGCCGGGCCGCCGGCAUCGUGUACUUCGAGCGCUUCGGGGUUGUCGUGGCCUCCACGGGGAUGCUGCUCGCGCUCUUCCUGUCGGUGCUGGCGGUUGGCAUCACCAAACCCGUGCCAACCAACACCUGCAUCCUGACUGGCAUGGCUGGCAGCGUCAUCGUCUACACCAUGAAACACUCCCUGGCUGUCUCAGAAGUCAUAGAGGUCCUGGAAGUGCUGCUCAUCUUUGUCUACCUCAGUAUGAUCCUGCUGUACUUGCUGCCUCGGUGUUUCACUCCCGGGGAAGCGCUGCUGGUUCUUGGAGGUGUGAGUUUUGUCCUCAAUCAGCUCAUUAAACGCUCACUGAAUGUGGUCGAGGGCAAAGGGGACCCCAUUGACUUCUUCCUUCUGGUGGCAGUUGUUGGAGUUGUUCUCCUUGGUCUUUUUUUCACUGUGCUUUUCAUUUUCAUGGAUUCAGGCACAUGGAUCUCCUCCAUGUUCUUCCACAUGAUGACAGCAGUGUUGGGCUUAGGGGUCAUCAUGCCUUGGCUGUACAGACUCAUCCAGAGGAACCCUCUGCUCUGGCUGCUGCAGUUUCUGUUUCAGACAGAGACAAGACUUUACCUUCUCGUGUACUGGACCCUCUUGGCUGCCUCAGCCUGUGGGGUGGUUUUCUACCAGAACGCAAAGAGAUCGUCUGAAUCCAAAAAACACCAGGCCUCCACUAUCACCAGGAAAUAUUUCCACUUCAUUGUUGUAGCCACUUAUGUCCCUGGACUCAUUUAUGACCGUCAGCUCCUCUAUGUUGCUGCAGUGCUGUGCCUGGCAGUGUUUAUCUUCUUGGAAUAUGUCCGGUACUUCAGGAUCAAACCCUUUGGCCAAACCCUCAGGCAUUUGCUGUCUCUUUUCUUGGAUGAAAGGGACAGUGGCCCUCUAAUCUUGACUCAUAUUUAUCUCCUCCUUGGCAUGUCCCUCCCAGUGUGGUUGUUCCCCAGAUCUUGUGCUCCCAAAGGCACCUUGUCUGGGGCAGGAGCACUGGUCCCCUACUCCGGAGUGUUGGCAGUGGGGGUAGGAGACACUGUUGCCUCUAUUUUUGGCAGUACAAUGGGGGAGAUCAAAUGGCCAGGAACAAAGAAGACCUUUGAAGGGACAAUGACAGCUAUUUUUGCUCAGAUCAUUGCUGUGGCCCUGAUUCUGAUCUUUGACAGCAGUGUGAAUCUGAACUCCAGCUACGCCUGGAUUCUGGCAUCUGUGAGUUUGGUUUCUCUGUUGGAAGCUUAUACCACCCAAAUUGAUAACCUGCUGCUGCCUCUCUACCUCCAGAUCAUGUUCAUGGCAUAGAAGCACUUCCAGGAACAAAGGUUUCUCCCUUCCUAGAGAAAAGUGGUACUAGAAAAUGCACUGUAAUGGAAGCUCAAAGCUGACCUAAGCAGAGAAAAUAGUUAAAAUCAGAAGUGAGACUUAUUUAAAAUAAAGGUUUUGGUUUGGUCUUGUUUCCCCCCCUGUUGAAAA